AUGGCUACCCCUCAGUCUCAAUCAUCGUUUUCCAGGCUCUGCCAGAAGUGCAAAGUUCUUGAGCUGGACGAAAAGUCACUCCCCGACUCCGCUCUGGACGCAUCGGUGUCUGAGUAUGAACUCGCCCUUGACUGGGGGUUAGUGACGCCAAUCGACAUGCUGGAUACGAAGGGCUGCGACUUUUGUCAUCUUGUUUCCUCGAUUGUAUCUUCUCCUUGGGAGGCACAAAGUGAUCUAGCACGUCUCCCGAAACACAACAGGCGUGUGUCACUAUGCUAUGUGAUCCGUCAAAAGAGACUCGAAGCUCUCCGUGUCAAGAUUCACCACGAUGGGGUGGAUCAUGUCUAUUUUGACUGCUCUAUUGCCUCCACCACUGCCCAUCCCCAGGGAUCACCCUUAGGUCUUGGGAGUCCUCUAACACAUCUCGAUCACAAGCCACUUGCUUGGAUGGAAUCAAAGAUUAAUUCAUGCUUGACUCAUAACCACACGCGGCCACAGCGGAACUUUGUGCCUGACCGACUCAUCAGAGUCGACCAAGGCAAACUCUCUCUUGUCCUCACAAAGGACUCCUCUAACUCGCAGUUUCAUCGAGGCCUAUCUACUGAGCUGCCACACUACGCUGCUUUAACUUACUGCUGGGGACCACCGCCGCAUUCGGAUAGACAGCUCAAGACAUAUCAGACCAACCUCUCGGAUCACAUGAGGGAAAUUCCAGAGAACAAGUUACCUCAGGCCAUUAAAGACGCUGUCUUGGUCACCAGAGCGCUAUCUAUUCCAUAUCUAUGGGUCGAUGCUCUCUGCAUUCUCCAGGAUGUAGGCUCAGACUGGGACCAUCAAUGCACCCAGAUGGACAAUAUUUAUGGCAAUGCACACGUCACCAUCAGUGCUGCAGUAUCUAAAAACUGUGAGGAGGGCUUCAUUACGAGGAAGGAUAUGAUAACGGUUCCCUUUCAUCUGCGAGGCAUCUCUGUUCAUCCGAUACCUGUUGCUAUCUAUUUCCCCUCAUACCACAAAACGACCUCCGAAGACAUUGCCGCCGCGAAUUGGGUGAACAGAGGAUGGACAUUCCAAGAAAGGAUGGCGUCAACGCGCAUGCUCAUGUUUGGAAAAAGCAAUGUCCACUUCCAGUGUCGAGAUGACUGUUUCUCCAUGAGCAAGUACCAACUUGACUAUCACUUCAGCGUGGUCAACCGGGACCUCCUAAACGAAGGUGAUGUUGCGUUGAUCUACGAGGAGUGGGCUACCGAAAUUGCCAUGGAGUUCAGCGCCUACGGCCUUGAAUUCACACGCGGAACAGAUAUCUUGCCGUCAAUCGCCGGGCUCGCCACUUUGUUUUCCCAUCGCUUGCGCGAUGACUAUCUGGCUGGUUUGUGGAAGAAGGACCUAUACCGGUGCCUCAAGUGGGAUCUGCACCGUCCAGGCAUACUCACGGGAUACAAAGACCUCCUAGACGGGCUUCAGCAUCCUGCUCAGUACAUAGCACCCUCCUGGAGCUGGGCAAGUAAAUCGGGCCUGGUCAUGUUUCCUGUUUACUGGGGGGUGUACAUCAAAAACGCAAGGAGCGAAUGCGCUGUCCUGGAAGCUGCAGUUCAGCUCAAGGGCACGAGCGCAUUUGGAGAGGUGACGGGAGGGUAUUUGGACAUUUCGGCCAAACUCUACACUGGAUCACGACAGUUGGUGUACCGAGAGAUGGAUGAUGGACCGGGAAUUGCAAGACAGACGUUGCACCUGGGAGAUCAGUACCUGGUGGAUUUUGAAACUGAUUGCAUUUUGGGUGGGCUCUUUGAAGAAAGAGAUGGGAAAAGAGAGCUAAGCGCACCGAUUAGCUUCCUACUCAUUGGAAGUACCAUAAGUGAGGAGAAGAAUCAGGGGGGGAGAGGUCAAGACGAGGCUGAAAGCACGAAUGGCCGAGGCUCAGAAGAUGGCGCCAAGCCAGGCAGAAUGGCGUAUGGCCUUUUGAUACACCCAGCAGAGAAACCUGGCGAGUUUGUUCGAGUCGGGACUUUUGAGUCCCAAUCUUCUCAACUUGGCGGUCUUGAGUUCUUUGAGGGAUGCGAGACAAAGACUGUACGGCUUAUCUGA